AUGCCGGCGGAACAGGCGGUUGAUAUGUUAAAUGAUACUCUAGCGGAGAUCGUGUUUAGGACAAAAAACGUAAAUAAAUUUAAAAGAUUGGCACGGAACACGCAUUUCAAUUACAGAGAAGUUGAAGCCUUGGCAAUUAUUCAUCGAAAAUGCAUUCAGAUAAUGGGUCCCAUAAGCAGAAUACUAUUUCGAGAUUUGUUCCAUGCUGGUUUCGAUUUCACGGAAAAUAUUCGCCAUCUAUUGAUCGAUAAAAUAUUUUCAGUAAUCGACAAACGUAAUGCUUUACAGAUACACUGUGACAAUUGGAUCGAAAGUCUUUCGGUGAUUCUUCGGGGAACUAUAGAGGAGAAGAUUCAUUUUGCUUAUCAAACAUACGAUCAUCUCAGAACUCAUAAAUUAAAAAAGGAGCACAUAUUUCCCAUGAUGCGUGGUUGCUUAAUUAAACUGCAAAACGAUGAAAACCCAGACGAAGCCGUGAAGGAUUUGAUAGAUUUGUUAAUAAAAAAAUUGGACGUGGAUCGCGAUGGGAUGAUAUCGGAAGACGAUUUUAAAACAGCGGUGAAAGACAGAAAUCCUCUUCUUUUGGAAUGCAUGGGGCCAGUGUUUCCUUCCAGAGACGCUCGCCAUGUUUUCCUCAGCACGUUUACGAAUCGUGUAGGAAGAUAUUAA